GCACGCAAUCAGCAUGCGCCUAAGGCCUGGCUCGCCGCAUUUCAGGCUCCGGCAGGAACUCAGACCGCCGGCUCUUGGUUCCGCUCCACUGCUCCGGGACGACCACGGGCUAUGAGUUUUAAAGAGCUGAAGAGUGGGAAUUCGGCAGCCGGUUUCUGGACCUCCGCGUUGCGCCGCUUCGCCGCCGGGAGACCUCGCCGCUGCCUCCACCGUCCCCAGCAGCCCCUCUGCCCGCUCCGCAGGCCCCCUUGUCCCCGGCAGCUCCUCCGACCCCCUCCCCCAGCCCCGCCCUGCUUCAGCACCGCUAUAGAUUCCCCGGGCAGACUCCCACCCCGCGCACCCCGCGGGCGCCGAACCUAGCUCGGGAUGGACAGGGAGACGCGCCUGUUCGCCGAGAGCCACUUCCGAGGCCUCGAGGGGCGUCUCCCCAGCGGGGUCUGCCCGAAACUGGACUGCGUGGACUUCAUUGAGAAGCCGGACUGCUUUUCCUACGCAGACUUCUUCAAGGGCUACCUGCUCCCCAACAUACCCUGUGUUUUCUCCAGCGCCUUCACCGAGGGCUGGGGCAGCAGGAAGCUGUGGGUGACACCCGACGGGAAGCCCAACUUCGAUUAUCUGCUUCAGAACUAUGGUCUUGUGCCUGACGCUUUCUUUUCAGGAGACGUGGUUGUACCGGUUGCAAACUGCGGGGUCCGGGAAUACAACUCCAACCCCAAAGAGCACAUGCCCCUCAGAGACUACAUCAGCUACUGGAAAGAGUACAUUCAGGGAAACUACUCCUCUUCACGGGGCUGUCUCUAUCUCAAAGACUGGCAUCUGUGCAGGGACUCCUCGGCAGAGGGCGUGUUCACCUUACCCGUAUACUUCUCGUCUGACUGGCUCAACGAGUACUGGGAUGCCCUAGAUGUGGAUGACUACCGCUUCAUUUACAUGGGGCCCACCGGCACCUGGUCACCGUUCCAUGCCGACAUUUUCCGCUCCUUCAGCUGGUCCGUCAACAUCUGCGGGAGGAAAAAGUGGUUCUUCUUCCCACCGGGACAAGAAGAAGCCCUCCGGGAUUGCCACGGUAGCCUGCCCUACGACGUGACUUCCCCCACACUCCUGGAUAGCCGCCUUCACGCCAUGCAAGAUCGCUGUAGCCCACCACUGGAGGUCACACAGGAGGCAGGCGAGAUGGUGUUUGUGCCCAGUGGGUGGCACCACCAAGUCCACAACCUGGAGGACACCAUCUCCAUCAACCACAACUGGGUCAACGGCUGUAACCUGGCCAACAUGUGGCACUUCCUGCAGCAGGAGCUCUGCGCCGUGCAGCAGGAGGUCAUUGAGUGGAGGGACACCAUGCCUGACUGGCACCAUCACUGCCAGGUCAUCAUGAGGUCCUGCUCCGGGAUUAAUUUCAAGGAAUUUUAUCACUUCCUCAAGAUCAUUGCUGAAAGGAGGCUUCUCCUCCUGGCCAAGGGGAUGGGCCCUGGCAAGGUGGAGGGCGGCAAGGACACCGGGCUGGGCCCCCAGCAGGCCGCUUUUGAUGUUGGCCGCAUAGCUGAGGUGCUGGAGUCCGUGGUGGCCCACCCUGACUUCCAGAGAGUGGACACCAGUGCAUUUUCACCGCGGCCAGAGGAGCUCCUGCAGAAGCUGGAGGAGGCUGUGGCCGCCACCACAUCCCUUUAGUGCAUGCUGUGAAGAUCGGGUGCAACGCAUCCUUGGGCAACUCCAGAGGCACGAGUGUAGAAGGCAGUCAUCCUGCUCCAGGGUCCCUUCUGGAAAUAAAGCUCUGUCCUCCUGUGUGGCCUGGGACAUGUCACCUCCCUGUUGAACUGUCACCUUGGCGUCCCAGGCAAGAUGCCUGCUUUUAGGGGUCUGAUAUGUCCUGGCUGGCUCUUGGUAUCCCUGGGGCCCUGAUGCCUGUUGAGAGCAUCCAGGCUCCUUGUCCUCAUGAAGCCCAGCCAGGAUUAGGAACUGGAUCUGGUGAGGGGGUGCAGAGGGAGGUGUUGGUCAUUUCGACCCAUGGCAAGGAGGGACUCAGGAGUGGUGGUGGCAUGUGGCUAGGUUUUCUUCUCCCCACCCCCAGCCUUCCCUCAGCAAAAGCCAGCACCCCAGCUGACAGGCCUCCCAUCCUCAGCAGUGCAGGGCAGCUGGCCUGUCAGGCAGGGCCCCCUCUGCCCUAGCACCACAUCCCUGCAUGAGUCCCCACAUCUCCCACUAGAGCAAGACCCUCAGUGUAGGGUGGAGACACUGGAGCCCAAGGCAGCCCCAAGACCCAAGGCCUGUGUCUAUCCCAUCCUAGAACCACUGUUUAAAUGGAGCACUCCUUCCCUCCACUGGCCUGUGCCCCCUCCUCCCCAGCAGGAUCCUGAGCCAGAGAUACCUGUUGGUCAGGGCUCCAGGCCUCAUGUGCUGUCCUUCAUGCAGGCCCCCCAGGUGUCAUAAGUACAUCAUUCAGGUGCCACUUGGGCCCUGCUGGCAGUAGGGCAAGGCAAAGCACCAGUGAGUUUAUUCCCCUCCUGCUUGCUACAGCACCACCUUUCUCCUUCAGAGACUCUAAGCCCACCCUAGCAGCUGCGUACCCAGUGAGGGAGAGGGCCUUGCCCAAGGUCUCCCUGCAGGCCAGGUGGGGCCCAAAAUGCCAGCUGGACCCUGGGCCUCUUCCACACCUCACACACCUGUACCACACCAUCCAACUUCAACUCAUUGAAUGCCCACUAUUCACCAUCUAAAGUCACUUUGCAAACUGAUUCAGACACUCUGUGCACUCAUUCUGCCCUGUCCACAGUGUUGUCAUUGAAGACUCUUCACACUUGUCUGCACCAUCCAGCUUCCUCUUCUUGCACAUCUAUAUUACACCCAGUAGUCACAGUUUCAGGAUUCUCCAGAGAAAUGGCACCAACAGAAUAUAUGUAUUGAUAGUAAGAGAGGUGUUAAGGGCUGGUGAGUAUGAGGUCUGCAGGGCAGGCCAGAGACCCAGGGACGAGUUGACAUUGCAGUCUCAAGUCUGAAGGCUGGAAACUCGGGCAGGGUUUCUGUGCUGCAGUCUAGAGGCAAGUGCUUCUUUGGGAAACCUUUGAUCUUUGUUCUUAAGAUCUUCAACUGAUUCGAUGAGGCCCACCCACAUUGUGGAGGGUAAUCUGCUUAACGUCUGUUGAGUUAAAUGUUAUCACAUUUUAAAAAUGCCUUCACAGCAACAUCCAGACACUGGCUUUUUUUUUUUUUUUUUUUUUUUUUUUU